AUGGUCCAUAGGGUUAGAGCGGUGCUUUCACAGGAGCAAGAUGGCAAAUUGUGUCCUGUUGCAUACCCCAGCCAGAGUCUCAACCCUGCAGAGCGAAAGUACAGCUCCAUGAAACUGGAGUUCUUGGGUUUGAAGUGGGCAACAUCAGACAAAUUUCAUGAGUAUUUGUGGGGCCAACAAUGUGUGCUAUGGACUGAGCAUAACCGGUUAAGCCAUGUGAACACUGCCAAACUAGGGGCCAAUGCACAAAGAUCUGACGGGGUGGAGGAGUUGUUACAACUCUUCCUUCCGGAGUGCCUGAAGCUUGAAGUGUUGCACCAACUUCAUGAUGAACAGAGGAAUCAGGGAAGCGAGCUGUAUGAGUGGUAUAGGAUUCAGAAGACCCGUACCACGCCAUGCCACCCCCAAGAGAAUGAGAAGUGGUAUGUUGCUGAGGUGCUGACCAUCUGGAUUACGUUAAUCUCUGUGGUGGCGACGGAAUUGACCUGUGAAACUCUUCUCCUGCUGUCCAACAACAUUUCAGCUGCCCGAAGUUUGAUACUGUGGAAUUUAACGUCAACCCCCACCAAUGUCACAGGGCUGUUCUGUGAUCUGUCCAUCGAUGGCAUCGGUACGUGCUGGCCCAGGAGCAGUGCGGGAGAGGUGGUGACGCGACCAUGCCCGGAAUCCUUCUUGGGCGUCAAAUACAACACCAACAACAGUGUAUACAGAGAGUGCCUGUCCAAUGGGACCUGGGCGAUGAAAGGAAACUAUUCCCAAUGUCAGGCCAUCAUAAAACAGACAAAGAGCAAAUUGCACUACCACAUAGCAGUAAUCAUCAACUACCUGGGUCACUGUAUCUCCCUGGGGGCCUUGCUGGUGGCUUUCAUCCUCUUUAUGAGGCUGAGGAGCAUCCGAUGUCUGAGGAACAUCAUCCACUGGAACCUGAUCACUGCCUUCAUUCUGCGUAAUGCCACCUGGUUUGUGGUGCAGCUCACGAUGAACCCUGAGGUGCACGAGAGCAAUGUGAUCUGGUGUCGGCUGGUCACGGCGGCGUACAAUUACUUCCACGUGACGAAUUUCUUCUGGAUGUUUGGCGAAGGCUGUUACCUUCACACGGCCAUCGUGCUCACCUACUCCACUGACAAGCUGAGGAAGUGGAUGUUCAUCUGUAUUGGCUGGUGCAUUCCGUUUCCCAUCAUCGUCGCCUGGGCCAUUGGUAAACUGUCCUACGACGAUGAAAAGUGCUGGUUUGGGAAGAGGCCAGGAAUUUAUACAGACUACAUCUACCAGGGACCCAUGAUCCUGGUCCUUCUGAUCAACUUCAUUUUUCUAUUCAACAUUGUGAGGAUCCUGAUGACCAAGCUGAGAGCCUCCACCACCUCUGAGACCAUUCAAUACAGGAAAGCAGUCAAGGCAACACUGGUCCUUCUGCCUCUACUGGGUAUCACCUACAUGCUAUUCUUUGUCAACCCAGGGGAGGACGAAAUCUCCCAGAUAGUCUUCAUCUACUUCAACUCUUUCCUCGAGUCUUUUCAGGGCUUCUUUGUGUCAGUUUUUUACUGCUUCUUAAACGGCGAGGUGAGAUCUGCGGUACGGAAACGUUGGCACCGCUGGCAAGACAAACACUCAAUCCGGGCACGGGUGGCACGUGCCAUGUCCAUCCCCACCUCGCCGACGCGGGUCAGCUUCCACAGUAUCAAGCAGUCCUCUGCCCUAUGAGAGAGGGCGUACUCC